AUGUCCACCACCAGUUUGGAAGAUAUUAUGAAGGCGAACAAUUCGUCGCUGGUCACGACACCUUCGGGGACGGUGCAGACAGAGUCGACCAAGUGCGGCGGAAGUUACGGUGAUCCGUCGUCCCCUUCCUCGGACGUGCUGGAGGAUGGUGCCCGGUGUGCGGUGGUGGGACACGAGGAGGCUGACGAUCCUUCGGUGCCCGCUUCCCGAUCGUACCACUGCGGUUGGUUUGGAUUGCGUCCGAAAUGGAUGGAAGUGUUCAUGACUCCAAAGUGGGCCCUGUUUUGGCUCUGCUGGGCAGGGGCCGUGCAAGGUCUGGUAGUCAACGGUUUCAUCAACGUCGUCAUCACGACCAUCGAGCGACGGUUCGGGUUGCGCUCGACUCAAACGGGGCUCGUGGCGAGCGGCUACGACAUCGCGUCCUUCCUGUGUCUGGUGCCGGUGUCGUACUUCGGCGGUCGCCUCGGAGCCUCCAAACCACGCUGGAUCGGGUGGGGUGUGGCGGUGAUGGGCCUCGGUGCGUUCGUCUUCGCCCUGCCCCACUUCCUCGUCGGGCAGUACCGGGCGACCAAUUCGGACCAGAAUGUGUGCAGCGUCCUAGCGGUGGCCCUCGCCACCAACGGAUCGAGCCCUGGCUCGGUGGAGGCACUAGUGGAGGGAUGUCAUAACUCGGGCUUGCCGUUGGCGAACGGUGGACAAGCUGCUUCGACGGACAGCGAAAACUUGUCCUGGAACGUCUGGUUCUUCUUCACCGCCCAACUCCUUCUCGGUGCCGGUGCAUCCCCGCUCUACACGCUCGGCGUAACGUACAUCGAUGAGAAUGUUUCGAAAAAAAUGUCCUCCGUCUAUCUCGGUAUCUACUACACGAUGGCAGUUGUAGGACCAGCUGCCGGCUACGUAAUUGGUGGCCAGUUACUGCUAUUCUACACGGACAUGUUCGUCGUCGAUGCCAGCACGUUGGGACUAACGCCGCACAGCAAGGUAUGGGUUGGAGCUUGGUGGAUCGGAUUCGUGUUCAUGGCAGCAUUCUGCCUCCUGCUGGCCAUUCCCAUACUGGCGUACCCGUCCGCCCUGCCCGGUUCGGAGAAGCUGCAGAAAGUGUCCGAAGCGCAUCGUGGCGAUGAAGAGGAUGCCGACGGUGAGCGGCGCCAGGAAGCGUUCACCAAGAUCAAACAGAUACCUCGGGCCCUGGUAGCGUUGCUGAAGAAUCCGACAUUCUUCUUCCUCAACUUGGCGGGGGCCUCCGAAGGGCUGGUUAUCUCCGGGUUUGCCGUGUUCCUGCCGAAGCUGAUCGAGAACCAGUUCAGUGUGACUGCGGUUUGGUCGGCACUUUUGAUGGGAAUUAUAACAGUUCCAGCCGGUGGUGGAGGAACGUUUCUUGGAGGGUACCUCGUGAAGAAACUACACCUUUCCUGUUCUGGAAUCAUCAAAUUCUGUUUGUUUGCAACCAUCUUUGCCGCCCUUUUUACCGUUUGCUUUUUCCUGUCCUGUCCGAAUCUAACGUUCGCCGGAGUAACGGCGUCCUACUUCCCGCAUGAAAAUCUCGAAGGUCCUCACGCGCAUACGACAGAAUACCGGGAUCUUUACUACCUUCCGAAGAACCUGGACAACGCCUGCAACGAUCGGUGUGCUUGUAGCCGUCGAAACUACGAACCGAUCUGUGGGGCGGACGGGGUCAUGUACUACUCGCCUUGUCAUGCCGGAUGUGGCGAAGAGAUCAACCUCGAGAACGCCAAGGUGUACCGAGAUUGUACGUGCAUUAAUGCAACAUUUCAUAGCGAAUCUCCAUCGGCUCUUUACGGGAGCUACGAUGCGGUCAACACCAUGUGCCAAUCGCAGUGUGGCCACUUGUGGAUGUUUGUCGUCCUUUGCUUCCUGGUAAUGUUCUUCACCUUCCUGGCGACGAUGCCGGCCCUAUCAGCGACGCUUCGCUGCGUUCACGACGACCAACGCUCGUUUGCGCUCGGCAUCCAAUGGAUCAAGGUGCGGGUGCUGGGUACCAUUCCGGCGCCAAUGAUCUUCGGACGGCUGAUCGACGAAACGUGCAUUCUGUGGCAGGAGUCGGGCUGCGAAGACCAUGGUGCAUGUUUGGUUUAUGAUAACGCCUUCAUGAGCAAGUACAUGCUUCUUUUGGCUCUUAUCGGGAAGGCGUGCUCGAUACUGUUCUUCUUUGGUGCCUGGUUCUACUACAUCCCGCCCAAAUCCGUCGCUAACGAUGACACCAAGGACCGUAAGAAACUCACCUCCAACGGGCACAUCAAUCCGAACGCAGCGGUGGAAAAGUAUUGAAGGACGAUAACGACGGAAAUGUUUUGCUCAAAAGUCAUUCACCAAAUAAGCAUAACAGAAGUCAUACGUAUUGUUAAGUGUCGUAUCUCCCAUUUUGUAUUGUGUUUGCUGCCAUAUGUAUUAACGGACAAGAUAGUAUUAGCACUGCAGGGCAUUUAAGAUCGCAGAUAGAUUUGUUAGCAUAAGUUUUCCUAUUUACCGACCGACGUUUCUCAGGAUGGACUGAACCAUGUGCUACGUUGUAUUUAAGCAAAAUCUCAGUAUUUUUCCUACAUUCGUUAACGUAGCGACGAUUA